AUGACAAAAUCUGUUUGGACUACAACGGGUUAUGGCGAUUUAAAAAAUUUAUCACGUAAUCUCAAACUUCAUGAAUCUGCCAGAGAACAUAUUCAUUGUAUGUUAGGAUUAAAACAUUUAGAAAAUAAUAGAGUAACUAUAGUAGACGCUUUGACCGAACAUGGUUAUUUGUUUAAAAAAAAAUAUAAUGAAAAUGUUCGGCUUAACCGACUUUUUAUGGAACAUCUAAUUGAUAUUGUGUUAUUUUUGGGUAGACAGGAACUGGCCUUUCGAGGUCAUAACGAAAGUUCAAGUUCCUUGAGUAAAGGAAAUUUUAAAGAACUUUUUGAUAUGCACAUUAUUAGGUGUUCAUUAGAGAUUCAAAACCAUUACAAUGGGAUAAAAAAUAUAUUUUCAGGAUUGUCAAAUACAAUACAAAAUGAUUUGAUAACAUGUGUUUCCGAUCACAUACUUAAUAUGGUAAAAACUGAAAUCAAGGAGUGUAUGUUUUAUUCUGUUCAAGUUGAUGAUACGACAGAUAUUUCGCAAAGAACACAAUGUUCAAUUAUAUUAAGAUAUAUAACAAAUAAAUCUGAAUUGGUAGAAAGAUUUCUUGGUUUCUAUAAUGUUAGUGAGGAUCACACUGCUGAGGGUCUCUUCAACACGUUAAAUUCUGUAUUAUUAGAAUUUGAUAUGGAAAAAAAGUUAAUUGGUCAGUGUUAUGAUGGUGCGAGUGUCAUGGCCGGUCAUGUAAAUGGUUUACAAGCUAAAGUUAAAGAGGUUGCUCCUAAUGCAUUAUUUACACACUGCUUAGCGCAUCGUUUGAACUUGGUGUUACAGCAUGGCUGCAGUGCUAACACACAGUGUCACGAGAUGGGCUUCUCGCUCAAAAAUGUUGAAUUUAGUUGUAGAGAAGGUGGACGAAUUUAA